AUGAUUUUAGAAUAAGCUGUAUAAUAUAUAUUAACGAUUAUAAGUUAUGUGAUGAGAAUGAAUAUACAAGGUUGGAAAAAAUAAGAAUCGGGUGUAAGUAUAUAUCAUCCCAAAUGCCAUUUAUGACAUCUUUUAAUGAUCCACAAACUAUAAAAUAGCGUAAUAUUUUAAAGCCAUAUUAAGUAAUUUGCUGUUAUCCUUUUUCAAAGAAUAAUGUUGAACUACUAGUUUCAGCUCUUUUUGAUCGAUUUAGAGAUAUAGACUUUUUCAAUUCAUUUUACAAAGCCAUUGAUGAAAUUUCUUAGUUCCCUGAACAAAAAGUGCUUCUGAGCAACGCAAGAAGUAUGAAAUAAUCAACUAGAAAAUCGAUCUUGAGGUACCCCUGAUUUUAAUGUCAUAGAGGCCCAGGAACAUCGACAGCCCAAUAUUCAAAAUAAUUAAUAGAGAGUCUCAUUAAGGUGAAAUAAUUCGCAUCGCAAUAUCUGUUUUAAUUGUUUCAAUUAGGACAGGAAUUGGAUAUUAAUUUAGAAGAAUAAGCAAAUAUAUUUUUGAAAUUCCUGAGGAACACGAGGGAGGAAACCUUCAUCACUGAGUUAAUUGAUACCUUUCAGAAUAUCAAAUAGCACAUCUUCAGAAAUUCUUUGUGGUCAAUCUCCAUCGAAGAUCAAAUUGAAUAGUGUAAUUUAGAUAUGAAAAGAAUUUAGACUUCUACACAAUCUAGCAUCCUCCAACAGCAACAAGAAUCGAGAUUCCGCAAUACGAUACCGAUUCAGAGACAGAAAAGUCUGAAAUCGAUAUGAAUGAAGUGAUAGAAGAAUGGAUAUGUUCGGAUGAGCAAGGUUACAUCAAACAACAAAUUGAGUACUUCAGAAAUGAUGUCUAUUUUGAAUUCAUAAUGAAGUUGAUAUUUGACCCCCUCAAUUCCUAGCCAAUACCUCUAUGGGUAUGUGCACCUAUUUAUAGAAUAGUUCCAAUCUCUUAAGAACGAGAAGGACGAAAUAAAUGAUUACAGAAUAUGGAAAUCAGAUUCCUAGAAGCUAGACCUGGUGUACAAUCUCAGAUCCAAGAAGGUCUUGAAGAUUAUCACCAAUGAUAAGAACUUCGUUAUAAUCAAUAAGUAAGUCCCGCAAUUGCUGAUGAAAAUAUGUAAAUCUGCAAUCUAAUUAGUUUACCUGAUAUAUGAAGCUCUAGGGGACAAUGAGAAACCAGUCAAUCUGCAACAUAUAGCUUAUUUGAUUGAUUACCUGUUCUUGCAAAGCCCUAAAUCUUGUCUCUAUUAUGUUGUGGAUUUGAACCUGCUGUUCGCUUUCUCUCAGUACCUUUAUAAUCCUUUCUUCUUGAAUAUUUGUGAAAGUACUCCUUCCUUAUUUUCUAGAGAUGAUGAAUUUGAUUGAUGAUGAAUAUUAGUUAGGAAUGCAUGUCUAAGAGUACUUUUGGUUAUACAUUCAAUCCUCCUAAUUUUUUGAUUAUCUAACACUCAUAAUGACUAACUAGCCAGUAGAUAAAUCUAAAUAGGAGAGAUCUUAUAAAUCUGAAUAAGCGGUAAUCCACUAGUUUAAUUUAGUAUCAUGUAAUUCCCCUAUUGAAGGCUUAGACUAACUUUGAUAAGUUACCCAUAAUGUAAGAUUCAAACUUAAGUGAGAAGAAAUACUUAACUGAACUAUUGGGUUAAAUUACUCCAGGUAAGACUCCAAAUGACUUUUAUGGAAUGACUAAGAAUAAUUGGCAUUUGUAUGACGAUAUUCAAGAAUAUAUAUCAAGUCAGGAAUUUAAGUUCAAGGAUUUAGAUAAUUUGAAUGAAUUUGUUAAAUAAAGAAAUUAAAAUCAUUCUAAAUUUCAACACAACUUUGAUGAUUCUAAAUUCAAAAGGCAAAGAACAAUAGUUUUAACUUAACACAACUCUGUAAGUCCGCAAAAUAAGGGCUUGUGUGGUUAGAAGUUAAGUGCUGUAGAUAUAGAUAAAUUUGAAGUCAAAUCUACGCUCAAUAAAAAUAGUAAAGCUUUGCCUCGAUUGAAUUCAGCAUCGAAGCAGAACAAAUGGGUAAAUGUUAAUUAAUAAAAAACUUAUCUCAGACAGGGAACUUAACAGAAGCAAUAAUUGCUUAUGAACACCUCAAUACGGUUAAGAACUUUUGGAUCUGAUAAGUCUGAUUUCAGCUCUAAUGAUGGUUUCUCAAGUAGUCGUCUGAAGACUAUUUAUCCUAGUUAUAAAAUGUAACAAGAGACCAAAUUUGAGAAGGAUUUGCAAUAAAUACAUAAAAAUGAAUCGACUGCCUCUUCUUGUGCUUAGUUAAUCAAAGGAUUGAUUCAAACGGCAUUCCACUAUUGUUGGAGAAAGAUUAAUACCUUAGGAUUGUGCAAACAAAUAUAUAAAUUAAAUACAGACUUGUUGUUUUGUUCGAUCAUCACAAAAAAUUCUUUGGAAAGAUUAUUUCAAAUUUAUUUAUCGUCGUUACAUAGCCCAAAUGAUGGACUACUAUCUAGUGCAGAUGAAUGUGGGAUGAUUAUCAAUGAGAUAUAUUCCAACUAUCCUAGACUAAAAUAAUCGAAUCUGAUUGUGGAGAGCUUAAAGACUUGCUUUACAAAUGUUAUUGAUUUCUUAUGUAAGACUAUUGUAAAACUAAAUAAAUAAUAACAUAAGAUGGGUCAUUAGUAAUUAAAUUUCAAAUAAUUUAUCAUUACUGAUACAAUACUAUAUGGAUUGCAAAUGUUUGAGUAGAACAAAUCCUAAGUUUAAUAGAAGAAUCCUUACCUGUAUUUGAAUGAGACUGUAUUGCAUAUCUUGGUCAUUUGGUAUUUCGAUUACAUCCAAUUGAAUAUCCAAUAGGAUCAAUUUAUCAAUUUAUUCAUCCUCAUAAUGACAAGGGCUCCUUAACAUAUAAUUAUGCAUCUAAUGUUUAAGUUGGGAUUCAUCACUUCCCUUUAUAAUUUCUAUUCGAAAUAUAGUAAGAAUGGCAUGAUAUGCACGUCAGGUGUAGAAUCAUUUUACUUACAUUUAACAUUCAUUAUUCAUAUAAUCAAUGAAUCAAUAAGCAACAGAAAUCUGUCAGUUGUUUAAGUAAGUUUGAAUUAGUUGUAGUCAUGGCAGUCAUUACUACAAAUACUUCCCAAUCCCAAUAGCAAAGCAGUGUUAAUUUUGAAUUCGAGAAUGAAGUGUUCUUCUAUAUUUAUUCCCACAAGAGUGGCAGUCAACUAAUUUCAUAGUAUGAAAUCUAUGGAUGGAGAAUCGAUGAUGAUUCCAUAGAAAAUGAUUCUGGAGCAGAUUAAAUAGAAGUAUGAAUUCAAUAAAAUAUAUAAUCUAGAUUAAAUGUGCCUACCAAUCUUACUGAUAAGAAGAAAGGACAGAAGUUUCUGAAUUGUGUUAAGGAGAAGGUUGAACAACAAAAAAAGGAUCAUUAAGUAAAGGCCAAAUGA